CAUACGUCAGUCUGUGCCCGGACUGGCCACAGUCAAUCUUCUCGGAGGGUGUUUGGAGGACACUCGGUCAUGGCUCUGCGGGUCUUCCGCCGGCUCGUCCCGCCUGGAGCGGCGGUUCUGGGAGCGGAGUGUCCGGUUCAGAAGGCUUGUGUUCACAGCAGCUCGGCGAGGAGCCUGCAGUACGGCUGGCUGGCGUACGUUCUGGGUGAGAGGACGACUCCGCGGCUGAAGCAUUACAGCAAGAUCAUCAGUGUGGACGGAAACCUGGCGUUGGGGAAAGGAGCGCUGGCUCAGAAACUGGCUGACAAACUGGGGAUGCUCUACAUGCCCGAGCCCGACACUUUCUACAUCGACAAGAUGACGGGCGAAAAGCAGCCGCUGCCCGUCAAAUUCAACGGGAUGUGCAGCCUGGAGAAGUUCUACCUGGAGCCCAACGCCGCCGACGGGAACAGCUACCGGCUGCAGGUGUGGAUGUACCUGAUGAGGCUGCUGCAGUACUCGGACGCCAUCGAGCACCUGCUCACCACAGGACAGGGAGUGGUCCUGGAGCGCUCGCCCUUCAGCGACUUCGUCUUCCUGGAAGCCAUGUCCAAGCAGGGCUACAUCAGGAAGGAGUGCGUGCAGCACUACAACGAGAUCAAAGGCCUGAGCCUGGGCGAGUUCCUGCCUCCACACCUGGUCGUCUACCUGGACGUUCCGGCCGACGAGGUGCUGAAGAAGCUGAAGCAGAGCAGCAAGUCCUACCUCCACAACGUGCCGCUGCCGUACCUGAAGGGCAUCGAGGACAGCUACAAGAAGACCUUCCUGCCGCAGAUCAGAGAAACGUCGGAGGUUCUGACGUACGACGGGACUCAGGACGUGGAGAAGGUGGCGGAGGACAUCGAGUAUCUGAAGUUUGAGAAAGGGCCGUGGCUGGAGCAGGACGACGUGAGCUACCACCACCUGAGGACGCUCGUGGAGGACAAACGGGCGGUGGUCAGUCUGGCCUCCAUCCCCAAGUUCCUGCCCGAGAUCACGGUCGGAGCUCACGACUACGACGAGCUGUACUACGCCUACAGAUCGCUCCUGGGGAAGAAGUACGCUCCGGGAUACAACGCCGACGUGGGAGACAAGCUCAUCUGGCUGAAGUGACCUCUUACCUCGUCCUGAACCCGUCUUCACCUGUACAUCAUUAAUAUUCUGUGUCAAAAGAGAAUAAAGUUUGAACAAAAGAA